AAAUUUACGUAACUUCACACGGUGCUGUCAAAAUUCUCUCGAAAGCAGAAACGAGCCGAAAAAAGUUUUGCAAUCGUUUGCAAAUAGUGCAACUCCCGGACAAGAAUCGCGGAAUACGACGGAAGCAACCAUGUCGGCCGUAAAAAUCUUCUCGCUGGCCAAACAGGGCAGCCGACUGAUCCGUCCGGCUUCGUUUUCGACCGCCGCCGCACGGUGCUACAGCUCGCAGGCCAAGCCCGCUGCAAUUAAACCAGAAGAGUACUACUACGUGAACAACAAGGAGCAAAGCAUGGACAUGAACGACAUUACCGACCGUGCGGCCCAAACGAUCUUCUGGACGGAGCUGUUCCGCGGUGCCGCCGUCACCCUGGCGCACAUCUUCAAGGAGCCGGCCACCAUCAAUUACCCGUUCGAGAAGGGACCGCUCAGCCCGCGGUUCCGUGGCGAGCAUGCGCUGCGCCGCUACCCGAGCGGCGAGGAGCGUUGCAUUGCGUGCAAGCUGUGCGAGGCCAUCUGUCCGGCGCAGGCCAUCACGAUCGAGGCGGAGGAACGUGCGGACGGGAGCCGGCGCACGACGCGCUACGACAUCGAUAUGACCAAGUGCAUAUACUGUGGCUUCUGCCAGGAGGCUUGCCCGGUCGAUGCCAUCGUCGAGGGGCCGAACUUUGAGUUCUCGACCGAAACGCACGAGGAGCUGCUGUACAACAAGGAGAAGCUGCUGAGCAACGGCGACAAGUGGGAGUCGGAAAUCGCGACCAACAUCAACGCCGACUACCUGUACCGUUAAGAGCGAAGCAGCGGCGUGAUGUUAGGGCAGCCCAGCACGUCCCGUGUGGAUAGCAACUAUGUAUAAUAACAGAUAAUUAACACAGAAGAAUAAAGCCUCCCAGCCCGUAAUAAGCGUA